UCUAUCACGACUGUAAAGCAAUGGCGGUACCUGUUUGGUGCUAUAGAUGUCCUUCGCUUCUUAGGAUUUUGUCUCCAUUCAGGAUUAAAAGAACUUAUACUACUAAUUUUGGCCACCUGUGUGAAAAAACAGUUAUUCAGCAACAAAUGUUGUUGCGACAUGUUGUAUAUAGACCAAGUCUUUUUGCUUUUCCUCCUGUGGACUGCUGUAAACAUCUGAACAGUUUCCGAAAUUUUAGUACGGACAGAGAUAGCAAUACCCAGAAAAAGAAAGUAGUUGUUGUUGGGAUUCCCAAUCCUUUUAUCUGGUUCAGAACUAGGAUUUAUUACUUUUUGAUACGGGCCUAUUUUGAUCAUGAAUUUAACAUUGAAGACUUUACUGCCGGGGCGAAACAAGCAUUUGCACACGUUUCAAAGUUGCUGUCACAGUGCCAUUUUGAAGCAUUAGAAGGCCUUGUUUCCAGUGAGACACUUGAGAGAGUGAAGAAAAAAUGUCCCUUACUGUCUGAUAACCAUAAGAAGGCCCUUGCUGCUGAUCUGGAUGAAAUCAUGUAUAUGACUCCUGGAGAUGUAGGGAUAUACUACGAUGAAAAUGGUCGAAAGUUUGUUAGCAUUUUAAUGCGCUAUUGGUAUCUGACGUGUGCUGACAUACAAGAAGAAUCCAUUGAGGGAACCAAGGUUUAUCAGAUGGCAUUUGGUGAAGAAACCAGUAAUGAAGCAAAGCAUCUCUUAACAGCAAACUAUGAGUUUCAGAGGGAAUUUACUCAAGGAGUAAAACCAGACUGGACUAUUACAAGGAUCGAACACUCAAAACUGCUGGAUUAAAUUCCUGUUGUCAUUAAUAUAACUUUGAAGAAGAAAUGAACUUUCCUUUUAAUGGAUUUGCAUUUGUACGGUAUUAAAAGUUUUUUUUUUCCUAAACCUUAAA